GGAACCAAGGAAUAAAGAACUUAAAGGUUUAACUCAAGUACAAGAUCCUAAUGGCCUAAACUCAUCAUCAUCACUACCACCAGAAAACGCAGGUGAUGAUAAUGAAGCAUUUAAUAAUCCUGUUUGUGGUGCUCAAAUGCCAUUGAUUACUAAAUUAAUUCCUGGUGGUCCUGAAGGCAAUUUUCAUUACAAUGCAUGCUUUGAUAAACUCAUUUCUGGAGAUCUUAAUUUACAAGGUUCAGACUGUAACUCCCAAAUCAAUGUUUGUAAAUCUGGGGCUCCAGUCUUUUCCGCUUAA